GAUGCAUUCAAAGUCCAGGAUGACACGCUUGCUGCAGAAAGUCAUCUCGACGCUCCUAUUAUCCAAGGAGAACAAAGACAGUUAGCCCAACGUUACCAUGACCUGCAAAUCCCUCUAAGUCAACGUCGUGAGAAGUUAAGAGAUGCCCUUCCCUCGGACACAUCUUUGCAGCUUGAAUAUGGUGACUGUAGUGAGCUGAUGAAGUUACUAGUCGAUUGUUGUAAAGAUUUUAAAGCACAUUCGCUUAACCAAAUCGAAUCAGAAAUGUGGCAUCAGUAUGCUGAAAGCUUCACUACUGGCUCAGUAGCCACUCACAAAGAUGCCUUCAGGUUAUGUGUUAAAGAUAAGAACCCUGUUGUUGAAAACUAUGUUGGUUUUAUCGAGUCGUACCGUGAUCCCUUUGGUGUUCGUGCAAGGUUUGAAUCAUUUGUCGCUGUUGUAAAUAGAUCAGUGUCUAAAAAUUUCCAACGACUUGUAAAUAAUGCUGAAAGGUUGUUAACAAGUUUACCAUGGCCUUCUACGUUUGAAAAAGUUAAUUUCUCACAGCCAGACUUUACUAGUUUGAAUGUGGUUACGUUUGCAACUGCUGGGAUUCCUGUUGGAACUAAUACUCCUAACUAUGAUGAUGUACGACAAGUUGAUGGAUUUAAAAAUGUUUCUUUGGAUAAUGUACUUAGUGUUCGUCUCGAGGAUCCUAAACCAGAAUUUCUACGUAAUGAAGACAAACAAAUGUACGUGGAACGUGCUGAAAGUUCCUUUGAAUUACAAGUUGAACUUCAUGAACUGAUGGGAUAUAGUUCUGGUAAACUGUUUCGGCGUGCUUGUUAUGGAAAACGAAAUUUCCACACGAAAGCUACUGAAUAUGUCAUAAAUGCAGAUCCUGUAAAAGGUUGGUGUGAAGCAGGAGAAACGUAUGACAGCAAGUUUUCAAACCUUUCAUCUGCAAUAGACAAGUGUCAAGCUGAGUGCGUUGGAAUUUAUUUAUCUAAUUUACCUCUUGUUCUGGAGCAGUUCGGUCUGAAUACCAACUGUGCUCAAGGCAAUGUCUCAGAUGCAGUCUAUAUUAAUUGGUUGUCAAUGAUUCCUUCAGUUGUAACUUCCAUGGAGUUUUAUUCUCCAGCAGAAAAUGCUGAUGACAUUGGAUCAUGGUGUCAAGCACAUUAUUGUGCUCGUUAUGCGAUUCUGCAAGUUUUGAUUGAAGCUGACGAUUCUAUGGGACGUACGCAUAAAGUAGUUGGUGAGGACGAUGCAUCUGAUUUGUGUAUUUCCUUAGUUCCAAAAAGGCCUUUAACGUCGGCUCGUUCAGCAAUUGGUGAAUUCUUAAGAAAAUUACAGUAUUACAAAGGUAAAGCGAAUGCUAUGUAUGGAUAUGCUUUCUCCCAACACUAUAGUCAACUACUUCCAAAAUAUUUGACUGAUUUGCUCUGGCAUAAAUGGCUACGUGGAUAUCUUCUGAUGCUGCAAACAAGAUCUAAGUGGUUGGAUAUAAAGCACAACCUACAACCUGAUGAUCUCGUCUUAGUUAACAGUGCUGACACACAGAGAGGUCUCUGGCGAAAGGCUAUAGUUAAGCAGAUGUACUAUGACCAAGAUGGCCACGUCAGGACACUGUGUUUGAAAACUUCAGCUCAAGAAGUGGAACAAGAUAUAAGAAGCGUACGAAAGGUCAACGUGGUGAUCGUUCGCGGGGAGUGUUAAUCGCGACAGAUAGAUAACUGUAUGAUAAACAGCCAAUCAAUAUUAUGUGACCUUUUUUGUCGCGAUUAUUGGUCGAUUUAUUGUAACUCUCACCACGUGAUGACCUUGAAUGUUCUUUUUUUGUCUGUCACUUUACUUGUAUAUACAUGUAAUUAAUUGACUGUUCAUUUUGUCCGUACCUUCAAUACUGUUCGGUACGUUUUUGUCCUAUUUUUGUAAUGACAAUGGAUUUGUACAUUUUUCUUGGUGUAAUUGUAUGGUUUAUUUUAUGUUUUAGA